AUGUUCUUCGUAAAGAGAAUUCUCGUCGUUUUUAAGUGUUCUAUCUUUCUUUCGUUAGCAGCAGCAGCAAGUAUAGUAACACUAAUUUUCUUGUUUUCCUUUUCCAUCUUUCUUUUUUUCUUCUUUCUUUCUUUCUUUCUUUCUUUCUCUCUUGUUUUUAUCCAUCUUUCAUUCUUUUACAUUUUCUUUCUUUCUUUCAUUCUUUUUCAAUCUUUUUUCUUUCUUUCUUUCCUUUCUUUCUUUCUUUCUUUUUUAUUUCUUUUUCCAUCUUUCAUUCCUUCCUUCUUUCUUUUUUUGUUUUCCUUUUUGCAUCUUUCAUUCUUUUUCAUUUUCUUUCUUUCUUGUUUUCAUUUUUCAUCUUUUUUUUCUUUCUUUCUUUCUUUCUUUCUCAAUCUUUCAUUUUUUUCAUUUUUUUUCUUUCUUUCUUUUUCAGUCUUUAAUUUUUUUUUUCCAUUUUCUUUCUUUCUUUCUUUCUUUCUUUCUUUCUUUCUUUCUUUCUUUCUUUCUCCAUUUUCCCAUCAACCUUUCUUCCCGCUGGCUUUUGCUCAUGGCUUUGCUCUCAUCUCCCUCCCUCUACCUCCUCUCUUUCAAUUUUUUCUCUGUAUUUUACCCCAAAGUCUUCAUCUUACCUUCGACACUUUCUUUGCUUUGGACUUUUAUGCCUAUUAA